AAACCCAUUUUCUCUGUCUCCCACCCGUGCAGUCCAUCGCCGCACCAAUUCAUUUUAUUUCUUCGUCUUCUUCCUUUCUCCAUUGACAUCGAUACAGAGAAAAUUCUUUGUUCUGUUUUUUGCCAACUUCAAUUUUUCUCUCACUUUCCCUACGACAAUCCACCAAAUUCCUCUGUUUUCGUGAUUCAUUUUCAAUCCCAUUUCUUAUUCAUUUCGGAUUUCUGAUUUGACGAAACCGAAAUCUCUAAUUGCUAUCUGUUUGAUUCCGAUGUCGGCCUUGGAUGGAGGAGGAGGAGGAAGUACGCUUUCGGAGAUAUACCAGAGUGCGAAGAGGCUGCUUUUGAAAACUAGGGAUGGGCUUGAGAAGCUGGAGCGUCUCGAGUACACGGCGGCUAGCGGUAUGGAUUCCCCCGAGAUCUCCUUUUCGAUCAAGAGGGAUAUUACUCAGAUCCAGUCUCUCUGUGUUGAGAUGGAUAGGCUCUGGCGGUCUGUUGCGGCCAAGUCUCAACGUGAUUUGUGGAAAAGAAAGGUGGAACAGGUUGCUGAAGAGGCUGAUUCUAUGAAACAAAGUUUGGACAAGUAUUUUCUUAGAAAUCAGAAGCGGAUGACGGAAGCAAAAGAGAGGGCAGAAUUGCUCGGAAGAGCUAAUGGUGACUCUGCUCACAUUUUAAGAAUUUUUGACGAUGAGGCACAAGCGAUGAAUUCGGUUCGAAAUUCAUCACGGAUGUUAGAGGAAGCUAGUGCAACCGGAGAAGCUAUCCUUUUCAAAUACUCCGAGCAGAGGGAUCGCUUGAAGAGAGCACAAAGGAAGGCACUAGAUGUCCUUAACACAGUGGGGCUCUCCAACUCCGUUCUGAAACUCAUUGAGAGACGGCACCGAGUUGAUAAUUGGAUUAAAUAUGCAGGCAUGAUUUUAACCAUAGUAGUUGUGUUCAUUUUUGUUCAAUGGGUACGGUGAUUCUCACCCAAUGAUCGUCGUACAAUGAACUUCAAGGAACAUAAUUACACAUCGAGGCUGCUUUAAUUUGACCUUCCAGUGUUUAUACCUCUGGAGGUCUCAUCAUCCAGAAGACAAAAAACUACACAUGCCGAGCUUUAAAGCACAGCUACUUUGAUGAUGUCCCCCAUGUCGAGCUUUGCUUUGCAAGUGCAAUAACUCAGACAAAUUUUCAGUUAAUCUGUAGACUCCCUUCUGGGUUGCUAUAGUAUGAGUUCUGAUUCGAGAUGCACGGAUCUGUCAAAAGAGCUUCUUGCUGAUGGUGAUGGUGAUGGUGAUGUUAGGUUUUUGUAUGUAACAUUUCAUGAACUUUUUCUGGUGCCUUGGUUCUCUUCUCUAUGGGUUUUUUCUUUCAGGAUUGUAAUCGAAACAGGUGGAGAUUUUGAGCCUACAACUAAGCUUAGUCUCAAGCAGUUGAACUAUGUUCAGGUUAGUUGGCUCAACGUUAUCCGUAGUGUUUUUCCAAUUUUGGAAGAGAUGGUAAAUGUUAGGCAACACCUUAGUUGAUUAUGGUGUUUAGGCAACACCUUAGUUGAUUAUGGUGUUUAAAUAACCUCGAAAAGUUGUACUCUUGUGCCUAUCCUACUUGACUCCCAUAUUUGAUUUAGAAAGGCCCUAGUUUUAGGCAUAUCAAUCUUCAUUGUGAGGUAUUAUGAAAUUUAUUUCAGCAUUUUACAGUUUGGUUUUUAUUUUGAAGGCAA